UACACAGACAGAAUAUUCAUCUACUCUUAUUAAGGAGGAAUCAGCAUCAUACGAGGAUGGACAUUUCACCACCUUAGACCUUCUUACCCCCACUUGUCAUACUGAAAUACAAAACUCUUCUGAAUGUAGAAAAUGCUUCACUGAAACUUCAGAUAUUAAGAAACGUGUAAGGAUUCAUACAGGAGAAGAAACAUCAAAUCACAAUAAACUUAUGAAGAUUCACAUGGGAGAUAAAUCGUUUUCCUGUUCAGAAUGCGGAAAAAGUUUCAGUCGCUCUUAUAGUCUUAAGUCUCAUCUAAAGAUUCACACCGGAGAGAAAUCCUAUUCAUGUUCUGAAUGUGGGAAAUGUUUUGCUCACUUGUCAGCUCUUAAGAGACAUCGAAGGACUCACACAGGAGAGAAACCAUUUUCAUGUUCUGAAUGUGGGAAAUGUUUUUCUCAAAUGGUAAAUCUUAAGUCACAUCAAAGGAUUCACACAGGAGAGAAAUUAUUUUCAUGUGCAGAAUGUGGAAAACGUUUCCGGUACUCUAACUCUCGUAACACACAUCAAAGGAUUCACACAGGAGAGAAAUUAUAUUCAUGUUCUGAAUGUGGGAAAUGUUUUGCUCACUUGUCAGCUCUUAAGACUCAUCAAAGGAUUCACACUGGAGAGAAACCAUUUUCAUGUUCAGAAUGUGGAAAACGUUUCCGUGCCUCUUCCGCUCAUAUUGCACAUCAAAGGAUUCACACAGGAGAGAAACUAUUUUCAUGUUCUGAAUGUGGGAAACGCUUCACUCAAAUGUCAGAGCUAAAGACACAUAUGAGGAUUCACACAGGAGAGAAACCAUUUUCAUGUUCAGAAUGUGGGAAAUGUUUCAGACAAAUGGCAAAUCUUAAGACCCAUCAGCUGAUUCACACAAGAGAAAAAACUAUUUCUUGUUAAGAAUGUCUGAAAUGUUUCAUUGUUCAAUGCUACACUCCAAUUAAUACAUUAUUUAGAAAUAAGAACCAUUGAAUGCUAUCCUGCACUACUGCGCCGUGUGCCUGUCCACCUACAAAUUUGCUUUUGGAAGAGCAGGGGGUAAAACAAAAUACCAGGGGUGACCAAACUUCAUACCUGUAAGAGCCUCAUGGUAAAAUUUAGAAAUAUUCAAGAGCCACAUAGAAAGUUUAAUGGAUUAUUCCACAUAAAAAUAUUUGAAUUAUAAUUGUAUUAAUAUGAUUUAUUACCGUAUAUACUCGAGUAUAAGUUGACCCGAAUAUAAGCCGA